AUUGCCAUCAGCACCAUUGUUCAGGCCCAGGACAUUCCUGUCAAUUUGGUUUCUAUAUAACCUUAGCUUCCGUGCAUCCCAAUGUUUCCACUUUGAUUGCUCUCUUUCUCUCUCUAUCUGCAACUGUGAAGCUGAAGCUGUUUUUAAGUGUCUGCUUGUGCUGUGCUUGAUCUGGUUAUUUGGUUUGUGGAAUUGGGUGGCUUGAAGGUUUAUUCUUGGACUGAAUCGGGUUCUUUUUUCACUGGUCCUUGAAGUGGUAUUGGUGCAAUUAACAGCAGUGGCGAUCUUUUGGCAAAGAAAAACAGUAUGCGGUGGUUUUUUAGUCUUUCUGUUGAUGUGUAUAGGAAAGUUAUCUCCUUGAACCUCUAUUGUAGAGUAAUCCUGUAAUUUUCUUUUCCAAUAAGCAUACCCUCCAAUUCUGCAGCUUGUUUUUGUCCAGUUAGUUUCCAUGGGAUCCACUUUUUUCAUUGUCAUUCCCUGCUAUGUCCGCCAGAUUAGCUGAGUAAGGGAAUCCAUCUUUUAUCUUUGUCCAAUUGUUCUCAUUCUCUUACUUGGCAAUAAAUCCCAGUGAUUAUUUUAUUUUAUUGGUCUACUCUCUCCGGCUCCUUGUAUUGAGCAUCUUAUUGUUGUCUAUCAAUCUGGUCUUCUGUUGUUCGAUUGAUAUUGCCUAGUCUACACAGAUUGCAAGCUUUCAGUUCACUGCCCCCAGGAAAGAUCGUAUUCUUGUUGUUUCCAUCAUAUUGAAGGGUUGGGAAGUAGUUAUGGUGUGCCAAGCAGCGAGCCAAACAAAUUUUCGGGCAUUAAAACACGAAAAUGGGAUUGCUGGGAGUGCCACCAUUAUAGUUAGAGUCAUAGCAUGCUUUCAUCCUCUUCAAGAUUGCCAGAAACAGCAAGUGAACUGCCUCUUUUAUUACUGCAGAAAUCCUUCUGGUGAUUGUUAUAGUUGGAUGGGUGAGGACUGGGGAUCCUGGUUUCAUCAGCAACAAUUUGAUUGGCAAUCGCCGAAUUUGAAUUAUUUGGGUGCUCCAUAUAACUUGGGGCAGCAGUAUACAGCCCCUUCAUUUAUGAACUCUGGCACUGACAUGGUUUCUAUAAAGGGGACUUUACCUGUAUAUCCACCCCCUGAGCUAUCUCACUUGCAUGUUGGUCAAGCAGAGGAGCCUCAUGGUUGGUUUUACCGUUUGCCUUGUUUCCGACAGGCUUUCAUGCCUGCUUUGAACUCUGGUCUCAAAGAAAAACUUGUUACUGUCCCUUGUGUCGAUCAUAAGGAGGCCAUUGCACCCAAGGUAGAGCCUGGUUGUCAUCAGCAGAAAUUCCUGGUUUUUGAUCAGUCAGGUGAUCAAACAACUCUGAUCUUUAGUUCUGGUACUGGGGCUCCUGUCCAGUGCUUUACUUCGUGGAGUCCAAAUCCAAUUGCUGCAUAUAAUUUGAAGAGGGAAGAUCAUGGGACUAAGGAAAAUAUUCAUUUAGAGGCUAUCUCAGCUAACCAAUUUGGAGGAAAAAAUGAUACUGAAUUACAAAGUGAUAUGCAUGAGGACACUGAAGAACUGAAUGCUUUGCUGUACUCGGAUGAUGAUAGUGAUUCCACUGAUGAUGAUGAAGUUACCAGUACAGGUCACUCACCUAGUACAAUGACAGCUCACAAUAAUCAAGAUUGGUUUGAGGGAAGCAUAGAAGAGGUUGCAAGUUCUGAUGGUUCAACUAAAAAGCGAAAACUGUUUGAAGGUGGUUACAGUGUUUUACCUGCACUAAUGGACACUGCUAGUUCUAUGAAACCCAUCAGAAGUUGCGAGUUUGAGGAUGAUGCUGAAUCUAGGUGUGAAGAUGGCUUGGAUUGGACCUCAGGUGAGAUGAAUUCAGAACCAACCAAGAAAAGGAUAAGAAAAGAAAGAAUACGAGAGACUGUGAGCAUUCUGCAGAACAUAAUUCCAGGUGGAAAGGGCAAGGAUGCAACUGUUGUUCUCGAUGAAGCUAUUAAUUACUUGAAAUCCUUGAAGCUCAAAGCAAAAGCUUUAGGACUUGAUGCUUCAUGAGUGGCAAAACUUUAAGUAAUACUAGUUGCUGUACUAGGUUUAUUAGUUACUUGUUAAUUAUUAGAAGUUAAUGGUGUGAACAGAAUAAGUCAGGUGAACAUGCACUGGGCAUGAAGGAAGGAUUUGCUCAAUAUGGAAGAGUUUCUCGCAAACGAUGUGCAAAUUGGAAAGAGAGAGGUGAGGAUCAUGGAACGUGUACUGUAGUCUAUAAUCAAUGAUUGAUUUCGAAAUCAGUAAGCUUUGAUUGUCAAUAUCAUCUAUGGUCCUUGUAAAGAGAAAGGCAAUGCAGCAUAAUACGUCCCAUAAAGUAAGAAGUUGAAUCAUUAAGCCGUGUCUUAGGGCCGUGAUAAAGUAGCACUCACACCUGGGCGUGGGAGAAUGGCUGUGUGAAUAAGAAGACUGGUUAUUUUGGAGGGCCCCCCUUUUGGAAGGAGGGUGAACGCACGCUGCUUGGGUGUUUUGGGACCCAACCUUCACUUUUCCUCCCUUUUUGUGUUCUUGUCAUUUUAUUUCUCUUUUGUAGGGUUGCCACUUUUUUAUGUAACAGUGCACGAGUGAGGCCCUCCUUCAUAUUUCAUCCUGGCAAACCUCCUGGGGACCUUUGAUUUGCCAUUUCAUGUUUCUUCUGAGGCAUUGUCACCGGUGGACUGGCUUCCUUUCUUUUUGAUGGGUGUUAUAAUUUGAUUGUGGAAGAACAUGCAUGUUUGUCUACUUGUUUUCCUUGAAGCUCAUGGGGCUCUGUAUCUAGUGACUGGAUUUGGUUGGUUGGAUGUAAUAUAAAUUUGCAUGGUUUUUCUGUUGUCU